UAUGAUAUUCUGACAAACAGAACUGGAUGGUUACAUGAGACUACAACUGCGUGCAGUGAUACUAAUAAUAACCUCACAGGGGAGAUCACUCUUGAGAGACAAAAACAAGAUGGCGGUAAUGUUUGCUUCUACUGCUAGCAUCAAGAAAGCUGUGACCUUGAUAAAUGAACUGGAUUCUGCAAAAUUCCCACUUUUGCUAUCUCGAAUUUUGCAAAAGCUCCACGUUAAGAAGGAGCGUGCUUUUUCUGAGGAAGAAGAAGAUAAGCUGCAGAGUGCUUUAGGGGUCACAGCUGAUGACCUUGAACUAAUUAUACAGACGCUAGAGUUUAUUCUGCAACAGGCAGCAUAUCAUGCAGCCAAACCUCAAGUGCUAUCACAGCAGCUCAUGCAGAUAGACCUCCAGGAUGAGAAGGUUCAACCCAUAGUGGAAGCCUGGUCUUCUAAUGCGAAAGAUAUAGUUAGUCAGCUUCGCCAGCGUACCAUUCAUCCAAAACAAUUGGAGGAAGUCAAAUGGCGACUAAACCUCCAAAUGGCCCAGUCAACAAGGCUGAAGAUGAAAGUUCCCAAUGCUAUGUUUGAGUUAAGCGUGCAUGACGACAAUUCAGGGGGAAGAGAGAAAAUAAGAGUAGAAUUUACACAUGAGGAAUUGUAUGGAUUCUACAAUCAGCUGGAGACCAUUCAGAAGCAACUGGAUUCCCUUAGUUGAUACAGAAAGUAUUAUUUCCUUUGCCAAGCUUUGCAGUGUUUUAAGUGACAAGUGAGAAUUGUGGGGGUAAGGAGAUGGGGGAUCUUACUAGUCUGGUUUCAGAUCAAGAAAUUUAAUAAUUUUUUGAAAAUUAAGUUUUUACAUAACUGUGUCAUUUUUAGAACUACAAAUCACUUUAUUUCAAUAGAUCUUUGUAAAGUGAGAUAUGUCAUCAUGCACUGGUUUUUUGUUGAUUAGAUCUAUAUGUAUAAUUUUUUUUAAUUAAUCCACUUCAUUGCUGAGGUGAUUGUCCAGUGAUUGUGAACUGGAUUUUUUUUUGUACUAGGCAUAACCUUAACUUUUGGGGGAUUAGAUAUAGGUGUUUGAUCAGAAAAAUAUUUGGAUAAUUGAUACAAAAUCAUACAGAUCAGACUUUUACCAUAUGUAUUUAAAAUUCCAUAUUUGUUGUGUUGCUGGUUGGAUAAUGUACAUAAAUUUCAAAACCUGACACCAUAAGAGUUGUACAUUUAAAUUGUUUUAGUAACUUCAAUCACCUUGUAAAUAAACAUUGCAUGUUCCAGA